AUGGAGAAGCUGGUGGUGAAGAUGCUGGCCAUGUGUUUGGCUCUUGCUAACCCAGCCUGGACGGAGGAGCAGGAUAAGGUGGUACACGGUGGCCCCUGUUUGAAGAACUCUCAUCCUUUCCAAGCCGCCCUCUACACCUCAGGCCACCUGCUGUGUGGUGGGGUCCUUGUUGACUCACAAUGGGUGCUCACCGCUGCCCACUGCAAAAAACCGAAUCUGGAGGUGCUCCUGGGGAAACACAACCUGCGGAAAACAGAGAAUUUCCAAAGGCAGAUCUCUGUGGAUCAGACAAUUAUCCAUCCCCGAUACAACCCUGACACCCACGACAACGACAUCAUGAUGGUGCAUCUGAAAACUAAAGUCAAAUUCUCUCAAAAGAUCCAGCCUCUGCCCUUGAGGAGAGACUGCUUUGAGGAGAAGCCUAGCUGCCAGAUCCUCGGCUGGGGCAAGAUGGAAAAUGGUGACUUCCCAGACACCAUUCAGUGUGCUGAUGUCCAGCUGGUGUCCCGGAAGGAGUGUGAGCGUGCCUACCCUGGUAAGAUCACCCAAAACAUGGUGUGCGCAGGUGACAAGAAAGAAGGGAACGAUUCCUGUCAGGGUGAUUCUGGAGGGCCCCUGGUAUGUGGACGUCAUCUCCGAGGCCUCGUGUCAUGGGGUAACUUGCCCUGUGGAUCAAAGGAGAAGCCGGGAGUUUACACCAAUGUCUGCACCUAUAUCACAUGGAUCCAAAACAUCAUAAAAAACAAACGGCUGUGA